AUGGGGCUUGACUGCGGGCGGGAUUACACACGGCUGCCUAACUGCAAGUUGACCAGUUUAAGAAGAUCGGCGCUUACCGCAGGUGCUCUGGUCCGGCCCAACCCCGGAAGUUGUUACACCAAGCCGGCUGCCGGCUCCGCCCACAAGACUAAAAUAUGUAGAUUUUUAACUCUGUGCAUUCUGUUCUUAGUUGCAAAAGUCCAUUUCCAAAAGGCGGUGACCGUGGCGCAAAAGGACGACAAGAAGCGCGCAAGCGCAGCCCAAGGAGAGCUCUACGUGUACAAGGUGCUGAAGCAGAUCCACCCCGACACUGGCAUCUCCUUUAAGGCCAUAGACAUCACGAACUCCUUUGUGAACGACAUCUUAGAGCGCAUCGCCGGCGAGGCGUCCCGCCUGGCGCAUUACAACAAGCGCUCCACCGUCACGUCGCGUGAGAUCCAGACGGCCGUGUGCCUGCUGCUGCCCGGGGAGCUGGCCAAGCACGCCAUGUCCGAGGGCACCUAG